CUGUCACUGUUUAUGGUAAAUUGUUUUGCAUACAACAAACAACUGAUAUAGAAAUGACUGAUAUUAAAAGUGCAUUUAAAAAGCACUGUAUUGUGCCUGAUAUAUUGACAAUAGCACCAUCCGAACUCAUAGAUAUUCAAUAUCGUGGUGGUAUUAUCGUCGACUUAGGGAAAGAACUGACUCCUACGCAAGUCAAGGAUAAACCUACGGUAAAAUGGGCCACCAAAGAUACCGAAUAUUACACUUUGGCUUUAGUAGACCCUGAUGCUCCAAGUCGCGAAAAUCCAAAGUUUCGAGAGUGGCAUCAUUGGCUUAUUGGAAAUGUUUAUGGUGGUGAUAUUAAUAAAGGUGAAGUUAUUUCUGAUUACAUUGGAUCUGGACCACCUAAAGGAACUGGUUUACAUCGCUAUGUAUUUUUAGUUUACAAGCAACCGGAAAAAUGUGACUUUUCAAAAAUCAAAAAACUCCCUAACAAUUCAGGAGCUAAUAGGGGAAAAUUUUCAAUUUCCAAAUUUGCUCAACAAUUCAAAUUAGGCCCUCCUAUAGCUGGUAAUUUCUUUGUUGCAAAAUAUGACGAUUAUGUACCAAAGUUAUACGCACAAUUAAAGGAUUAA